AUGUCGUUUCAUCAAUCAAGGCUCGUUGCCUUAGCGGCACUGCUGCCAGCUUCAUACGCAUUCAGCGUUACGGCAAACACUGAUGGAAACGCUCUGGCCUCUGCUAUCUUUGGCAAUGGUAUAAGCGUCAUAUCAGCAUCGUUUACAGGCUCAUCGGACAGUUCUGGAACUUUCACUGAUGGACCAUUCGGCAUGGGAAGCGCAGCGAUCCUCACCUCGGGAUCUGCUGUUGGAGCCCUUCCAAAUGGAAACCACUAUGUCAAUAAUGGUGCGGCUGGGUCAGCAAUGUAUUGCGGCGGCUCAAGUUACAACGCUGCGAUAUUGACUGUGGAUAUCAUGCUUAUUCCAGGUUCCGGAGGAAUGAGAUUCGAGGUUGUCAUGGCUUCGGAAGAAGCAGGUCAGCUAAUAGAACUCAGGGGCGCAGCUGAUGCAAUUGGUAUAUUUGUAAACAAUCAGAACUAUGCUUUGGAUGGCAAUGGGAACAGGCUGAACGCGGUGAGCCCGUGGCUGUCGCAACCUUUGGUUAUCGUACCGCCCAACAGCGUUACCUCGUACGUUGGCUCGUCACCGCCCUUCUGGAUCGACGUACCAUCCCUUCCCGGUGGCAUGCAGACUGUGGUAAUCGCCAUCUGUGAUGCUGGAGACAAUAUGUGGGACUCAGCCCUGUUGAUCAAAGCUGAAGCUUGCGUUGACUGCAACGAACCUUUCCGACUUGCCUACGUGACAACCACAACUACAUUGACAGCAGGCGAUACGCCUUACACCUCUACUAUCACCGCUUCGGGGACUGUGUCCGGAACGAUCGAAAUCGGGGUAACAGCAGAGGAGACCACCACCACUACCGAGGAGCCUACGACAACGACAUUUGCAGACGAGACAACAACUAGCACUGAGGAGCCUACUACGUCAACUACUCAAGAUGAAUCAACGACAACUUCUCAGAAGACAACUACGACUGCUGAGGAUACUACUAUGGCAACGACUAGCAAAGAGACGACCACUGUUACCACCCCUGAGGAGACGACUACCACAACUGCCAAGGAAACAACAUCCACUGCUUCAGGCACUACCACAGACACUAUGGAAACAUCAACUGAGGCCAGUAGCUCAGUCACUUCAGAAGAACUUCCAGACUCCACUACAACAACUGCAGAUACAGCAACUGCAGAUACAACAACUGCCGAAUUAAGUGACACAGUUACGGAGUUUUCAGCCAUCGUCGUCGAGUCCACUACUACCCCAACAUUUGAUACCACCACUGUACCAGCUAAAGGCUCUUCUACUGAGAGCACAACCGGCCCUGAGACGACAAGUUUGUCCGACAGCCCCAUUGCCAGUACAACUACCUCUUGGGAAGAGGUUCAAGUGUCAUCAACUAUUUUAACAGUCCCAACAUCUACCGAUGAAGUCACCCUGAGCUUGAGUAGUGACAUCUCGAGCGAGUCAGCAACAACUGCAAAGAGCCCAGUACUAACAGCGAAACUAGCCCCCAUACCCAAUAUGGCUACAACAGAGUCUCUGGAAACAAGUGCGGUCGCAGAAACGGAGUCCUCGACGGACACAAUUCCAAGUCCAGUGGAGGAGACAAGCUUUAGUGACGUCAUUACUUCAACUUCCCAGGACACGCCGUCUCCAGUGACAUCAACAUUUGCUACCUCAUCUGCCGCGCCGUCCAACCUAGCAGUGAUCGGAACUUUCAAGUUCUUCGGUUGCCUCGGAUCUGUAGCUGGGUACCCCAGCUUUGACCUGAUCGGAGAGGGACCUGAUAUGACCACUGCGGAAUCCUGUUAUGCAGCAGAUACUUUGGACUCUGCUGAAACUGUGACCAACGGUCGCUGUGAUCUGCCAUGCCCUGGGGACCCGGGUCUGUUCUGUGGCGGUGUGGUUUUGACCGACUCAAGCCCUGAAUCGCGCUUUCGACGUCGAGAUGCUCCUCCCGGCAUUUUGCUCACCCUGUAUGCGCAGAUUGAAGUCAUCUCCAGUUCCUUGAUCACUUCGGAUGCUCCUAGCACAUCAGAGACGUCUUCUCCCCCAGCCUCUACAGAGAUCACUCUCCAACCUAUCUUGACCACGGAGUCUUCCGGCUUGCCUACCAACAACCCGACAAUUUCGACUUCUCCAUCCUCAAGCACAGAAACAUUUGCUGAUUCAGUCAUCAGCCUUGAGCCUUCAGUCCCUGUCACCAGAUCACAAGGCGCGAGGCCGAUCAUCCCCCCAUUCCCAACAACUGUCUCUUAUAAUGCAGGCAACUUCACUAGGACCGAAGCUGUGGCGCCUAUAAUCACCACUGUAACGUAUACCAUUGUUGACCCCAAUGAUCCGUCUUACUUGACUGUCACUGAGUAUUGUACCACGUUGCGAUUACCCCCUUGCCACAGAUGUCAGUAUCAGAAACCGCCAACGGUUGAGAUGACGACUGUCGAGGUUGGUUGCAACAGGUGUGGUCACAAUGGGGAGAACACCAUUGUUCUCAAUAUUCCAGCCGGUGCAGCUGUGGCAGCUCCCACAAGGGAACAUGCGGCUCACGAAACCCAUAGCGUUCAACAUCAUGAGCCUAAACCGGAUACCCAGGGGACCCGGCCCAAGAACUCUUCCCCUGCAGCCAAGGGUGGCCAUGGUCAAGGGGAACUUUCUGCAGUGCCUUCGGGAGGAAACGAUUAUCCUGAGGCGCCCGAGCCAACGUUUUACCACAGGCCAGCUCCGGCUCAUACACCGGUGGUUGUACCAGACGCUCCUAUUAUCAUUGUCUCAGGGGGGGGAGUAAAGGCGAUCGAAGGAAUGUUGAUGACAAUUUCCUUGAUGGUUGGUCUUGUUUUUCUCCUGUAG